AGUAUUCGUGACAGUUUCAAAACACAUGUUCAGCAGUAGAUAAGUCAUAAUAGCCUCAACAUGACGGUGGCUGCCAUUGAAGAAACUACACACCAUGCUGUGAUAUGUUAAUCUAUGUACGUCGUCAGGCACAAUGGGCUUUAUUUAGCUUCCAUGAACAUCCACAACUCAAACCGGUUCUGUAUUGUCUACCUGGGCUAUCAUUGUGAAUCACUUCCUGGUGUGUUACAUGUUUUACUGUGUUUGUAUAUCUGGACUGAGUAUUGGAAGUAAAGCAUGUUUAUGGACAGUAUAUUUCGAGACACGGUGGCAUCAAUCUGCAGUCUGAAUGAGAUACAAACAUCACUGAUUGUUAUGACGUUAUUAGCUGGUGUGCAACCUUGUGUGGGGACGACAGCGUCUCCCCACCUGACCAGCUACCCAGAGUCAGCCUCAGAUGGAGCAGACUUCACACUGUCCUGUACACCCACAACAGAACAGAGCAAGACAUUUAUAAGUGCCGCCUGGUUCAGAAACAAUGUUAACAUAUUUGAUACAAGCAGUGAUUCCGAAGUAUCUGCUGUCAUACUCAAUAACUUCACCACCUCCCCCGAGUACCAGUCUGUGUCAGGACGUAUCAGUGUCAACUCCUCCCCCCAGCAGUUCAACAUGACUCUCUGGGCCAACUCUACACUCGACAAGGGCUCUGUGUGGACGUGUAAGACUGGAUCACAGUUCAGCAAUAACCUCACUAUUGACGUCAAAGAAUCUAUUCAAGGCCCAAGCACAACCAAAGGUCCAUCCUCGACUGAUGACAAAACUACGAUGACAACGACAUCUACACCAACCCCUUUUAUUCAUACAGUUGAAUUCAUCUAUGCUGUUGCUGGAUCCGGGGGUGGUGUGGUGAUUGUGGUUGUCAUCGUCAUCGUUGUGUUACUGUGCAUACGAUCAAGAAGGGAGGAUAAAUGCCAGACAAUUGACAAGACAGAGAAAGACAACUGCAAAGAAGGGGGAUAUAACGAGGAAUCUGAGAGAGAGACGAUCGUGAUGGAGGAUAAUGAUUUGUAUCACGGAUUUGUCAGAACUGAAAACCAGGAGUCAGCAGAGGAACAGCAGGUGCGAGAUGUGUAUGCAAAGGUCAACAAGGUGAGGAAAACCCACAAUGCAACAGAAGUACAGAUCACUCUGAGUAUUGAAGACCUGUAUGCAAAACCCAACAAACCAGCAAGCGGAAACAGCGAGGCAGCAUCCAAGGUUUCAUCCAACCAGAACGAGGAUGUCAACACCCCCGACUGAUCGAGACUGAGACCGGAUCAACAGUAGAGGUCGUUGACGACUUCCACUGAUGUGUGCAUGGAGUUCUUCCUGUUUUAUGAUGCAGCGUCAUACAGUUUGAACGCCUACGAGGAAUAUGCAGAUAAUCACACAGUUUGAUCAGAUGUAUUUUGUAUUUUUUUGUUGAUAACACCGUACCACACAAUAUGUGAGCUAUAUAAGCCCGUAAGUAAUUGAAGCUGGACCAGAUACUCCAGUGAUUGAUAUUAUGAGCAACUUUCCACCUCUUUGUGGUACUGUAACACGCUAGUGACACAGUCACCACUCCUGACCACCCUUGUGAUUUUAUGGGCUCCAACGACCGGCACCUGCUGCUGAGGACCUAGUGUUACCCGGAAUCCUCACGGGAACGUCUGUUUGAUGAUAGAAAGUACAACAGGAACAGCAGGACAUGGUAAUAAUAAACACUGAUGCAGCAUACCAACGUUUAUACGGAACUGUUUCAAUAUCCCACUGCUUUACUAUGUACUAUCAUAUAUACUUAGGUAAAGCCAAUUAACCACUUUUGCAUAUCACUCGAUGUAGUGGCACGUGCAUAACAGACUUGUCAGACUCACCUUAAGCGCAGAACAAAAAAAUGCUAUACAUUAUCACAAUGUUUUUGUUACAAAGUAGAGAUAAUUUAUGGACAGGAACAGAUUGGUCCCCAUGACCAGAGAAUAAAAAACUACCGUAAAUUAUCACCAUGAUUUUCAUAGAUUGUCAAAGUUUUUCUGCGACUAUUUACGGUAAUACCAAAAGAAUAUAAUAUUAGCAAGGCUUGGCAACGAUAUAAGGAUCUAUACCGAAACGUCUCCCUUACAGUAAUAGCGAAGUUGUCUCCUUUGUCAUUAGUCAACUUCUAAGUAAUGCCUGUCAAAGAACUCAUGUUUUUCUUAGAUUGUCAGAGUAUUUCUGUUACUAUUUUCGAGAAUACCAAAAGAAUAUAUAUGAGCAUAGAAUAUGUCAACAAUUCCAUGAAUGGUUAUUCACUUCUUUUAAAAAAACACGGUAUAUAUACAUUGAUAUGAAUAGUGGGGAAUCAUCUAAUCUGGGCCACAAGGUUGAGCGAGUAACGAAAUACGGAAAACCGAACAAAUGUCCCCAUUCCCUUGAAGUUCGUUGCAGGCAUAACACAGCUUGUUGAAAUGCUUGCUUUAGCUGUAUUAUCUGUGGAUAUUAUUACCUUAUACAUGGAGUUAUUAUGUUUAAUUUGCUGAUAUAUGUACCUGCUUAUUGAACUUCCUGUUUGCGGACAAGGUUUAGCGAGUAACGAAAUACGGAUAAAACGUCCGUUGCCGUUCGUUACAAGCAUGUGUUACUGCACCAUUAGGAUACCUGCUGAGUCUCUGUGUUUCAUUUGCUAAUAUAUAUAUACCUGCUUGUUGAAUUACUUUCGUUGGGUGUAUUAUUUCAUGAUGUUAUUAGUACAUCCAUGGAGUCACUGUUUCAUUUGAUGAUAUAUAUACCUGCUUGUUGACCUAUUUUCGUUGGGUAUAUUAUCUAAUGAUCUUAUUACCAUUUACAUGGAGUCACUAUUUAAUGUGCUUAUAUAUAUAUGUACCUGCUUGUUGAACAACUUGCGUUAAGCGUAUUACCAAUGGAUGUUAUUAAUAUAUACAUGGAGUCACUGUUGCAUUUGCUUAUAUAUGUACCUGCUUUCAACUGUCAUAAGUGCAUGUCAUCAAUGUGAUCCUCUUAACUUGUGCCAGAAAUUACGGCAGAUUAACACUUUAUAAAUAGCUAUUGUUGUAUAAUAUAUAAUAAGUGCUGUAAAAUUAAUGAUUAAAUGUUCUUGUACCAAAGCUAAUUAUUUCGUGGAUUUAGUUUACCCGUUUACAGAAGCUACAUGUAAUCUGGCCUGCUAUCUGUGUGAGGUAUAUUAUCUAAAACGUUAAGUGCUUGUGAUGUUAAUAUUGUGUUUAGAUUAUUUUAUUGAUAUGUUGGACAAGCACCUACAUAUAUUUAUGUCAUGAAAAAUGUAAACAAUUUGUACAGGGCUCCUACAAACUUUGAUAAUGUGCUUCUACUGAUCAGGAUAUCAUCACCCAGAUGUAAAGUGCACAUCACUUGUUUUACUAAUGUCGUCCUUGGUUUUAACGUUUAAUGUUAAACCCCUAUACACACAAUGGGAAAAGACACCCGGCUAUUAUAGCUUUGGAGUGACGAGUGUCAAGAUACAACACACACAAUGCUGUUGUUCCAGCUGCUAGUACGAUGAUGAGGUUUCUACUGACCAGUGCAUGAUUAAUUGGGAGAGCAAUCUGGCACAUCCCCUAUCUCAGAUAAUACAGAAUUAUCAUGUUAUGUUGACUUCCAAAAUGCAAUAUAUAUUUACCUUUUUUGAUUACUUAUUAAAA